CUGUCUGUUUUGAAUGCUUUCUGCAUGACUAAUUAAUGUUCUGAAAUAAAUGGUGCUGUUAAACUCUAUGCUGGUACAGGCAGCCGGCAGCCGUGGCUCCUGUCCAAUACUUUAUCUAAUCUUUGCUUUGUCAAGGACGGGGCACUGCUUGUCAUCUAAAAGCCACUUAACUGCACUACAGCGUGAUGUCAUGCUCCUCUACAUGCGUGUCGAUAUUUAUGCUCAGUCUGUUGGGAAACAGCCCUGAAUACAGCGAGCUGUACGUAAUUACAUUCUUUGCAUGAUAACAAAACCCACUUGAAACUGGCAAGAGAUGAAACCCCGCAGCGUGGCGUUCGGAAUUCUGCAGGAGCAGAGCGUUCUGUAACAUUAUGCCGGGAUAAGGCAGCCUGAUUCACCGCGGGGAGGACACUCCCUCCGGAGCAAAGCAUUUGCUGUCGUCCCUCCGGAGCGGCGGCACCAGCACUGGAGCUGCUGAGCCAGGGUAGAGCCGGCAGCAGCACGGGACGGAGGGGGCUAAGCUCCCAACGCAGGACCAGUAGCAGAGCAAGCAGCAGGAGGAUGAGGAUGCUGCCAGGUGCCCACCACGCUGAGAGCACAACGGGAGCCCCCUGAACCACAGGGCAUGGCGCAGAGGUGAGCUUUCCAUCCGCUGCUGCGCUCCCAGGGCCACCGCAUGAGCACGGCCGUGGUGGGUGAUGGCCUCGCAGCCCAGGCUGGCCCACGUCCUGCUGCUGGGCCUCGUGGCAGGCUGGCUGAGGGCUGCACAGCCCCGCGACUUCACCGUGAAGGACAUCGUCUACCUCCACCCCUCCACCACGCCGUUUCCUCACGGAUUUAAAUGUUUCACCUGCGAAAGGGCAGCAGAUAAUUACGAAUGCAACCGCUGGGCUCCGGAUGUCUAUUGUCCUAGAGGCACGAGGUACUGCUUCAGCCAACACAUGAUGAGAGUUACCGGAGAGAGUGUGUCUGUCACCAAGCGCUGCGUGCCCUUGGAGGACUGUCUGUCUACUGGAUGCACAUAUGUAAAGCACGAGGAGUACAAGAUCUGCACAUCCUGCUGCGAAGGCACCAUCUGCAACCUGCCGCUGCCCAGGAAUGCCAGUGAUGCUGUGUUCACCACCCUGUCCCCUCUCAGCAGCACCCCAGGGCUGUCAGGUCGUGCCAUGCUGACAGCAGUGUGUCUCCUGCUGGGGCUCAUGGCAUAGGCCAGCAUCGGGCCACACACGUCUGCUCAGGACCCACACUUCAGAACUGUACCUGAAAACUGACUCUUGUUAACUGGUGAUACUGGAGAUGGAUUCAAAGAGGACUAAAACCCACUUUUUUUUGUUGUUGUUGCUGGUUUUGGAAGAAAUUUGUGCAAGAUGUGCCUAGAUUUCAGGCUUAGACUUAUUCUCUAUCUCAUCUCCAUGAUUUUUCUCAUUUAGAAGUACCAAAUCCCUGCCACCUCCUUUUACCAUCACUCACUCAUUCAGAAUGUUCCCGUUGGCAUCGUUCGUUGUUAACAUCAUUUGUCACAGCAGUCACCCCAGUGUCCUGCUUGCCUGCUCUGGGAAAACACAUUGAAUAACACACAGGAUAAGCAACAAAGAUAAGUUGGAUAUUAGGAAACAUUUCUUUCCCAAAAGCACUGGCACAGCUGCCCAUGGAGUGGGGAGUCAC